UAAUUUUCCUCCCGUUCUCCAGUGUUCAAGAAUCGUUCGUUAAGCCAAUGGCCACCCUCAGAAUAGCUCUUCGUAACGCCCGCCGUAUUGUUAAUACUUCCACCGUCGCCGACCGUACAACCACCGUAUUCAGGCCGCAGUAUGGCUGGGUUUCAAGAUAUUCAUCUACGGAUUUUAGUAACACUCAGCCACUGAACAUCGAUCUUUCGAACGAAGAAAGCAAAAGGCGUCUUUUUAACAGAUUGUUGUAUAGGAGCAAACAAAGAGGGUUUUUGGAGCUGGAUUUGGUUUUGGGAAAAUGGGUUGAGGAACAUAUCCAUUCUAUGGAUAAAAAUGGAAUUAAAGCUCUUGUUCAUGUCCUUGAUUUGGAAAACCCCGACCUCUGGAAAUGGUUAACGGGUCAAGAACAACCACCUGAAUUGGUGAUGGUUAAUCCUGUUUUCUCUGCAGUGCAAGAGAAGGUCUUGAAAAACCUCAGCGACCAUUCUUCACCCGAGACCCAAGCAACCCCCGGCCAGCCAUGGGUGAGAGGGUGGGAUGAUAUCAAGAAAGGCCGCGAUAGCCCUAUCACCGGAAACCAGUAGCUUUUUGUUUGCCUUUGAGAUUGCAGGUUCUGAAGGCAGUUCAGUUUCGAACAAAUUAGGAUUCAUAUAUGUAUUUGGUCGAUAUGGUAUACUGGAAUAUGAAUAAGGGUGGCUGCAUAGCAGCAAUAAAGCUGGAGGUGUGAGCAGGCCGUUUCUGAGAUGGUGGCCGUAGGGCGAACUAAAAAAAUUAGUCCCUUGGUCAAGGAUUUAAAUUACAGUUUGCAUUUGUGUUUUCGACCUCGUUGUGUUUAUCGCUAUUGCGGACAUAACUAAUGAUAUUACGAUCACUGCGAAUAUCGUGGUUGUGAAUUUUUAAUAACAUAUGUUAUUAUGGACGUUGUGGA